UUGGAAUUGUUGGCAACGAUCUGUCAAAUUGACAAAAAUAACUUUUUAGUUUUUAUUAUUCCAAAACAAAAAUGAUAAAAACUAAAUAAUUCGCGUAGAUGGGGGCAUUAAGCGGUUAAAAUGGAAGAACUCAAUGAUAAAUUUUACUACGUGUACAGUUCCUCGAUUUCUAACCGUAUUCAAAUCAAAAUUGGGACGUUGGAAGGCAAACGCCAAAAACCUGAAUACGACACGCUUUUAUCCGACCCAAUUUUAAAAUACUCGGGGUUGUGUGAAGAUGGUUGUUCAGAUUUAAUGGUGGUGUGCCAAAUAUAUGACCAGAAUCAACCUCUCGCUCUUCCUGUGUCAACUUCCUACAAAGCAUUCACAUCGCGCUGGAGCUGGAAUGAAUGGCUCACUUUGCCAGUUCAAUUUAACGACCUUCCGAGAACUGCUCAAUUAGCUCUAACAAUCUACGACUGCGUUGGGCCUAACAAACUCUGGCCAGUGGGGGGCACAACAAUUUCACUGUUUAGCAAACAUGGACUUUUCAGACAGGGCAUGGUAGACUUAAGAGUUUUUCCUAAUAGAGAAGCCGAUGGGAAUUACCCAACACAAACGCCAGGUAAAGCCAAAGACCAAGGAAAGGAACAAAUGCAAAGACUAACUAAAUUAACAAAAAAACACCGAAAUGGACACAUGACAAAAGUAGAUUGGUUAGACAGGUUAACUUUCAGAGAGUUAGGUUUAAUAAAUAACGAGGAAAAAAGUUGUUCGGAAUACAUGUACUUAAUGAUUGAAUUUCCGACUGUUUACGUUGAUGGGAUUCCACAUUAUGUUGUAUAUUUUGAGCAAAAUGGGGAAGAUAUACACUCGUUUAGGGCCCAAAGUGAUCUCGUUACGGUCCCCGAUCAAGAAAUUUUAAAAGAAAACCUCGUCGAACGCAAACACCACAAAUUGGCGCGUUCUUUACGCAGUGGCCACUGCGAUAAAGACGCCAAACCCAAUGCCGCAAUCCGCGACAUCCUCAACACUAUAGUCUCCUACCCUUCCAUCAAACCCCUGACGAAUGAAGAGCAAGAUCACGUGUGGAAAUUUCGAUUUUAUCUCAGCACUCAGAAAAAGGCCCUCACGAAGUUUUUGAAAUGUGUGAAUUGGACACAACAGAACGAGGUCCGUCAGGCUUUGUCCAUGAUGCGGAUUUGGGCCCCCAUGGACGUGGAGGAUGCUCUCGAGUUGUUAUCACCGAAUUUCACGCAUCCGGCUGUGAGGAAGUACGCGAUUUCCAGACUGCGGCAAGCACCCGAUGAGGAGAUUUUGCUGUAUUUGCUGCAGUUGGUGCAAGCGUUGAAGUAUGAGGAUUUUAAGGAUAUACAAGAGGGGUAUUCGAGGAUUUCGCCGGGGAGGGAGACUAUCGUGGUGCAUGAGGAGAAGGAAGCACAAUUGGAGAAAAAAGACAGCAAGGAGAGUAACAGUACGAUAACAAACGAGUCGGUUAUGCAUCGAUCAUCGAGUUAUAACCAAGCCGAUCAAAUCGCUUCUUCUAACGUCAAUAGUGUUAUAGAGGUCGACGCUGAUCAAAGAGCUGCAAGUUUACCGGAGAAUAUUUUACACAAUCUCAACGUCUACACCGAUUCGGCCAACACAGACACGCUACAAGACCACAUGGUUGAAGAAGAAGAAAUCCAAGAUUUGGCCACUUUUUUAAUACAAAGAGCGUGCAAAAAUGCCAAAUUGGCCAAUUAUUUCUAUUGGUAUUUGUUAAUAGAGUGCGAGGAUCCAGAACCGACCAUGAAACAAAACAUGGUGAUAAGAGAGUUGUAUUUGACGGUAAUGAAAACGUUUUCGCAAACUUUGGCCAAAGGUAACGUCGAAAUGCAAAAGAAACGUUUAAAUUUGUCGUUGCAACAAAAAUUCAUCGAUAACUUAAUCAAAUUGAUAAAAACGGUGUCACGUGAAGGCGGUAACAGGAAGAAGAAGGCCGAAAAAUUGCAGCAGUUAUUGGCCGACCCGACAAUGUUUAAGUUUAAUUUCGGUAAUUUCGAACCGAUUCCGUUUCCGCUUGAUCCCGAUGUGAUAAUAAAAGGCAUAAUUGCGGAAAAAGCGAGUUUGUUCAAGUCGGCUUUGAUGCCGUCGAAACUGCAUUUUAUCACGAGUGAUAAUAGUGAAUAUGUCGCCAUUUUCAAACAUGGCGAUGAUUUGAGACAGGACCAAUUGAUUCUCCAAAUGAUAACUUUGAUGGAUAAGUUGUUGCGGAAAGAGAAUCUUGAUUUGAAAUUAACACCAUAUAAAGUACUUGCGACUAGUACUAAACACGGUUUUGUCCAAUUUAUCGAUUCUGUGAGUGUUGCCGAGGCCGUAAAUGCGGAAGGGACUCUCCAUAACUACUUUCGGAAGUACCACCCGCAAGAGAACGGCCCUUACGGCAUCGCCCCCGAAAUCAUGGACAACUACGUCCGGUCCUGUGCCGGUUAUUGCGUUAUUACUUAUUUGUUGGGAGUAGGCGAUCGUCAUUUGGACAAUUUAUUAGUGACAACUUGUGGUAAAUUGUUUCACAUCGACUUUGGGUUUAUUCUAGGGCGGGACCCUAAGCCGUUGCCUCCGCCAAUGAAACUGAGUAAAGAAAUGGUGGAAGCGAUGGGCGGAGCCAAUUCCGAGCAUUACCAAGAGUUUAGGAAGCAAUGCUAUACUGCGUUUUUGCAUCUAAGAAGGCAUGCCAACCUAAUGUUGAAUCUUUUUUCAUUGAUGAUUGAUACCAGUGUGCCUGAUAUAGCCCUAGAGCCGGAUAAGGCGGUCAAAAAGGUGCAAGAGAAGUUUAGGCUGGAUUUAGGGGAGGAGGAGGCGGUGCAUUAUAUUCAAAAUUUGAUUGAUGCGUCGGCUACGGCAGUUAUGCCGGCUAUUGUAGAACAGUUUCAUAAAAUCACUCAGUAUAUAAGGAAAUAAAACGUGUAUAAAUUAGCUUAUUUGUUUCAUAAAGUUUAUAUCAGA